UUUUUCGAAAAAAGAAAAUGUGGCCACGCGUCCGUCGGCAGAGAUAAAGCGCCAUGUCACUUACGUAGACUCGCUCUCUUUGAUUUCCCAGAAGAGUAACGACUGGUUACAAAUCCCACCAAUCACAAGAAUUCGCGGACUGGCUUCAAACCAAAGCCUUCGUCUUCGACCUUCACCUUUUUGUUUCUCUCUCUCUUCACCCUUCACUCACUCACCACCCUCUCUCUUUCUCUUUCAAGAAUCUGAUCGUAUAUUCACUCUCUCUCUCUAAACUCUCAGCGCUUGAAUCAAUUUCCAGAGAAUUGAGGAGGGUAUCAACGAAUAUGAGCAAUUCGGUAGGCCAUAACUUGCUCAACCAGAGCUUGCUUCAAAGCAAGAUAAAUUCUUCUGGUAUUCCUGCUAACACAUUAUUUCAAGCCAAGAGUGUCCACCAAGUGGCAGCGCAGGCACGGAAGUCACCCAUAUCCAAGAAAUUUUGUGGGAACAAUUUGAACGUCCAGAAACCAAAAUCAGCCAUGGGGUCACGCCACCCUGCUACAGCCGUUCCUCGCGCUGUAUUAACCACAGAUCCGCCUUCCGAUCAGCUUGCAGGGAAAUUCAAUCUUGGGGGGAAUAUUGAAUUGCAGGUUUAUGUCAAUGCAUCGUCUCCAGGGUCUGCCACUCAAGUAGAAAUUCGGGUAACAUACAGCGGUCACUCUUUGACUCUUCACUGGGGUGGGAUACAAGAUAGAAAAGAAAAGUGGGUGCUUCCUUCUCGGCGCCCAGAUGGGACCAAAGUAUAUAAGAACAAAGCUCUCAGAACUCCUUUUCAAAAAUCUGGCUCCAUUUGCUUGCUCAAAAUUGAGAUUGAUGAUCCUGCAAUACAAGCAAUCGAGUUUCUUAUAGUUGAUGAAAGCCAGAACAGAUGGUUUAAGAACAAUGGUGAUAACUUUCAUGUUAAGUUACCUGCGAAAGAGAAGCUGAUAUCCAAUGCUUCAGUUCCUGAAGAACUUGUACAAAUUCAAGCAUAUUUGAGAUGGGAAAGAAAGGGUAAACAGAUGUAUACACCAGAGCAAGAAAAGGUGGAGUACGAAGCAGCCCGAAGUGAGCUAUUGGAGGAAGUAGCUAGGGGUACUUCCAUACAAGAUCUCCAAGCAAGGCUGACUAAGAAACAUGAUGGUGGUAAAAUUGAAGAACCAUCUCUUUCUGAGACAAAGAGGAUUCCUGAGGAUCUUGUACAAAUACAAUCUUAUAUACGCUGGGAGAAAGCUGGGAAACCCAACUACUCCCCAGAAGAGCAACAUAGGGAAUUUGAGGAAGCAAGACAAGAGUUGCAGAGGGAACUAGAGAAAGGUGCCUCUCUUGAUGAGAUACGGAAGAAGAUUACCAAAGGAGAGAUACAAACAAAGGUUGCAAAGAAAUUUGAGAGUAAACAGGUUUUUAGAACUGACAGAAUACAGCGCAAGAAGAGGGACUUUAUGCAGAUUAUCAAUAAACAAACUGCUAAAAUUGUAGAUGAAGCUAAAAUUGUAGAUAAAGAACAUUCAGUCAAACCAAAACCUUUGACAGCAGUUGAGCUUUUCGCCAAGGCAAGGGAAGAACAAGAUGGUGGUUCUGUUCUGAGGAAAUAUACUUUCAAGCUCAAUGAUAAGGACCUCCUGGUACUUGUAACCAAGCCUGCUGGAAAGACAAAGGUUCAUCUUGCAACAGAUUUCAAAGAACCACUUACCCUUCACUGGGCUUUAUCAAAAAACAAGGCUGGAGAGUGGUCGGAACCACCUCCAAAUGCACUUCCCCAGGGUUCAGUUUCUCUAAAGGGGGCCGCUGAAACACAAUUUCAAAGUUCUGCUGACUCUACUUAUGAGGUUCAAUCUUUAGAAAUAGAAAUCGAAGUGGAGAGUUUCAAAGGAAUGCCAUUCGUUCUUUGUUCUGCUGGAAAUUGGAUUAAGAAUCAAGGCUCGGAUUUCUAUGUUGACUUUGGUGUUGAACUCAAGAAAGUUCAGAAGGAUGCUGGUGAUGGCAAAGGUACUGCGAAGGGUUUGUUGGAUAAAAUAGCAGAGCAGGAGAGUGAGGCACAGAAAUCCUUUAUGCAUCGAUUUAACAUUGCAGCAGACUUAAUCAAUCAAGCAACAGAUUCUGGUGAAUUAGGUCUUGCAGGUAUUUUGGUGUGGAUGAGAUUUAUGGCUAUGAGGCAGCUCAUUUGGAAUAAAAAUUACAAUGUGAAACCACGUGAGAUUAGUAAAGCACAGAACAGGCUCACAGACUUGCUCCAGAGUGUUUAUGCAAGUCAUCCACAGUAUCGAGAACUUCUACGUAUGAUUAUGUCUACUGUUGGCCGUGGAGGAGAAGGGGAUGUGGGACAGCGAAUUCGAGAUGAGAUCCUUGUCAUCCAGAGAAACAAUGAGUGCAAGGGCGGAAUGAUGGAGGAAUGGCAUCAAAAGUUGCAUAAUAACACUAGUCCAGAUGAUGUUGUUAUUUGUCAGGCAUUAUUGGAUUACAUAAAAAAUGACUUUGAUAUUGGUGUUUACUGGAAAACAUUGAAUGAUAAUGGAAUCACAAAAGAACGUCUUCUAAGCUAUGAUCGGGCAAUCCAUAAUGAACCCAAUUUCAGGAGAGAUCAGAAAGAGGGUCUUCUGCGGGAUCUGGGGCACUACAUGAGAACUUUGAAGGCAGUUCAUUCAGGUGCAGAUCUUGAGUCUGCCAUUCAAAAUUGUAUGGGCUACAAAUCUGAGGGUCAAGGAUUCAUGGUUGGAGUAAAAAUAAACCCUAUAUCUGGCUUGCCAUCUGAGUUUCCAGACCUCCUGCGAUUUGUACUAGAACAUGUUGAAGACAGAAAUGUGGAAGUCCUUAUUGAGGGUUUGCUCGAGGCUCGACAGAUGCUUUGGCCAUUGCUCUCUAAGCCUCAUGAUCGUCUGAGGGAUCUUUUAUUUUUGGACAUUGCCCUUGAUUCUACUGUUAGGACCGCUAUUGAAAGGGGAUAUGAAGAACUGAACAAUGCUGGGCCAGAGAAAAUUAUGUACUUCAUCUCUUUGGUUCUAGAAAACCUGGCACUAUCGUCAGAUGAUAAUGAGGACCUUGUUUACUGUUUGAAGGGAUGGGAUCAUGCUAUAAACAUGUUAAAAAGUAACAGCGAUGACUGGGCAUUAUAUGCAAAAUCAAUCCUAGACAGAACCCGCCUUGCACUUGCAAACAAGGCAGAAUCGUAUCUCAGUGUUUUACAGCCAUCAGCAGAGUACCUUGGAUCACAGCUUGGAGUGGACCAAUCGGCUGUGAACAUAUUUACUGAAGAAAUUAUCCGUGCUGGAUCAGCUGCCUCUUUGUCCUCACUCCUUAAUCGACUUGAUCCAGUUCUUCGAAAGACUGCUCAUCUGGGAAGUUGGCAGGUUAUUAGCCCACUGGAAGUGGUUGGAUAUGUGGUCGUUGUGGAUGAAUUACUCACUGUUCAGAAUAAAGUUUACAGCAAGCCCACAAUUUUGGUGGCAAAAAGUGUAAAAGGUGAGGAAGAAAUUCCAGAUGGUACUGUUGCUGUGCUGACACCUGAUAUGCCAGAUGUCCUAUCUCAUGUCUCUGUCCGAGCAAGAAAUAGCAAGGUUUGUUUUGCAACAUGCUUUGACCCCAAUAUUCUGGCUGACCUCCAAGCUAGUGAAGGGAAGUUACUACGUAUAAAGCCAACACCUGCUGAUAUAACUUAUAGUGAGGUUAAUGAGGGUGAGCUAGAAGAUGCAAGUUCAACUCAUUCAACAGAAGACAUUCCAUCUCUGACAUUGGUCAGGAAACAAUUUACUGGUAGAUAUGCCAUAUCAUCUGAUGAGUUCACAAGUGAAACGGUUGGAGCUAAAUCACGUAAUAUUGCUUAUAUAAAAGGAAAACUGCCGUCUUGGAUUGGAAUUCCUACUUCAGUUGCCCUACCAUUUGGAGUAUUUGAGAAGGUUCUUUCAGAAGAUUCAAAUAAGGCAGUGGCUGAAAAGUUGGGAACUCUAAAGAAAAAGCUAAAAGACGAAGAUUUUGAUUCGCUUAGGGAGAUUCGGGAGACCGUUUUACAGCUGGCAGCACCACCCCAGUUGGUCCAAGAGCUGAGGACUAAGAUGCAAAGUUCAGGAAUGCCUUGGCCUGGUGAUGAAGGUGAACAACGGUGGGAACAAGCAUGGAUGGCUAUAAAAAAGGUAUGGGCUUCAAAGUGGAAUGAGAGAGCAUACUUCAGCACAAGAAAAGUGAAAUUAGAUCAUGAUUAUCUCUGCAUGGCUGUCCUUGUUCAAGAAAUCAUAAAUGCUGACUAUGCAUUCGUUAUUCACACGACUAACCCAUCGUCAGGAGACUCAUCAGAGAUAUAUGCUGAGGUUGUUAAGGGACUUGGAGAAACCCUGGUUGGAGCUUAUCCUGGACGGGCUCUAAGUUUUAUUAGCAAAAAGAAUGAUCUGGACUCUCCUCAGGUUUUGGGUUACCCUAGCAAACCUGUUGGCCUCUUUAUAAGACGAUCCAUAAUCUUUCGAUCUGAUUCCAAUGGUGAAGAUCUUGAAGGUUAUGCAGGUGCAGGCCUUUAUGACAGUGUUCCUAUGGAUGAGGAAGAGAAAGUUGUGCUUGACUAUUCAUCUGACCCACUGAUGGUUGACGGAAACUUUCGCAAGUCAAUCCUCUCUAGCAUUGCUCGUGCUGGAAGUGCAAUUGAGGAGCUGUAUGGGUCUCCACAAGACAUUGAAGGUGUGAUCAGGGAUGGGAAACUCUAUGUUGUCCAGACAAGACCCCAAGUGUGAUCUAUUUUUGUAUUAAGUUCUUUAUAGGAUUUGUGCGAUAAACAUUGUUUAGUGUAGGAGGAAAAAUAAAAUAAAAAAAAAUUUGAAACAAAUAAUGAGGAGGACAUGUCCAUCGCAAUAUGAACAAUUUACACGAUUGUAUUUACUUGAAGUAAUAUAUAAAUGUUUAUUAUA